CAUUAUCCUAAUUCUAGUAAAAUAUCAAGUUCCACAAGCAGAAACUCAGAGUCGUUCUCUGCCAACAGCCGUGUAAGCCAACGUCCAUUUUGCAAAGUUGCAAUCUCACUUCCCCAAAUGACGACUGUAAAACCAGAACUCGACUUCAAGUCCCGGGUAUGUGCAGCUGCAGCGGCACUGAAGGUGGAGAACCUCCUUCUUCCCACCACCUGCUCUGGAGACUGCUCUGUGGCCAAGUGGGGACCAGCCAGCCCGACACAGCAUGCGAGAGCUCUCCUGAGCACAUCACCAACACCAGCUGCUGCCAGGAAAUAAAAGAAACAUUUUUUUCUGAAACUGGGAAGCUUUUUUAGAGGAAGAUGGAGAACCCACUUCUCUUAUUCCCCCAACUAAACAUUUCUGCUUCAAAGGAUAAAGCCUAUUACAAAAUCAUGAAACCAGCAAUUAAAGAAGAGCCACAUAAAUCAGGCAAGUCUGGAGCUAAGCAGAAGAGAAACAGGCUGAGCCUUCUCCUGCAGAAAUCUGAAUUCCAUGAAGGUGAUCAUCCUGGCAAACCUGGAAACUUGACAAAAGCAGCAAGCAGUGUGUCUCCUGAAGAAGCACUGAAAUGGGGAGAAUCUUUCGACAAACUGCUUUCUGAGAAAGCUGGAUUGGACGCCUUUAUGAAGUUUCUGAAAACUGAGUUUAGUGAGGAGAACAUCGAGUUCUGGAUAGCUUGCGAGGAUUACAAGAAAAGCAAAACUGCACAUGAACUUUUGCCAAAAGCUAAGACCAUUUAUGAAACAUUCAUACAGAAGGAUGCUCCAAAAGAGGUGAAUUUGGACUUUCAAACCAAAGAAGUCACAAGUCAGAAUAUUGAACAGCCCGUCAUCACCACCUUUGAUGCUGCACAAAACACAGUCUACAGGCUGAUGGAACAAGACAGCUACCCACGCUUCCUAAGAUCUGAUCUUUAUUUAAAUUUGGUUAAGGGGAGAAAUCCCAGUCGUCCGACCCUUAGAAGACGAUCACGGUCUUUUACUGUCAAUGAUUUCCAGGGUGUGCGACCAGACUUCACCAUUUGGUGACAGACAGACUCAGCCCUUAUAAAUUCUAGCUACUAGAGCAACUCAUAUGUGUUUUAAAAGCCAAGUCCUUAGCGGGUGUAAAUGGGUGGAAAGCAAAGUUACAUGCACUUAUACCAGGUCAGAGUUCUGUAGCCAGUGAUUAAUUUCUUUUAUUAUAGAGAAGUAGGCAACAUAUUGACGUCUCGUGUAAAGUUCUCAUAUGGUAUAUAUAUAUUUUUUUAACUCAAGGAAGAGCUGUAAUCAUAUUUGGAGGAAAAAAUUAGAGUUUUCAGCAUAAAAAUGUUGUACAAGAUUCCUCUUUAUAUUAUCCACCAUGUAUCCUGAACCUGUAUUAUUUAGCAGAGUUUCAUCACAGUUAGAAUUUAUACACCUGGCCUUUGCACAUAUUUAUGUUUCUGCAAUAUUUCCUACACUAAACACAGAGUAUUUGUGGUAUUUUCUCCUACUACAAAACAAAUGGGAACAUUACUACGUAUAAUGUUACAUGGAUUUUAACUACAGCCAUAAUUCAAAUUUAGCUUUUACAUAUCUUAAGAAGAACGUAAGAACACCUAUUUAAUUUUUUGGGGCACAUUUUGUACUCAUUGUAUGUGUCUGUUCUCUGUAUUUAUCUUAUGCUGAAUAGGUUAGCUUUGCCAUCAAAUACUUUAUUCUAGUUUUUUGCAAACAAAUGAGCAGCAACAAAGGGCUGAGAAUGUUAUUUUAACACAAUCUGUGUCAUUAAAUAUCAGGUCAUGUAUAUAUAUAUAGAUACAUACAAAUAUUUUCACUUCUAUUUCUAAGUAUUCAUGGUAUACCAACUUUGUUACUAAACUUUGUUUUAGACUUUUUCUGUCUUUUAUUUUGGAAAAGAAUCUGAAAAUUAACAGCUCUUGGACUCAGGUAGAAUAACCUUCAGUUCUACCAAUCACUAAUAUAUUCUCUGUAGAGUAGGAAGGAGAAAUCUCUCCUUUUAUUUAUUUACUGUUAAAGUCACACGUAUCCUUUUCCUAGUCAGUACAUGCAGUUAUCCUGCCCUGUUCUUUCAGAAUUGAUGUAGACAUAUCUUGAAGCAUGGAGCGAUUCUUAAAAUCUUAAGCAUUAGUUCAGUUUAGCAAGUGACUGCAGGAUUUAGUCGUCACUAUGAUUUGUAUAUUCAGUCGCUUUGCAUGUAAUUUAAGUUUUCUCCCUUUUCAGUAGUAAGUGGUCGAAGUGAAGAGGCGCAGUUCUCGAGGAUGGGACUUUAUGCUCAUUACUGAUCCGACAUAAAUCUGAGAGUUUCUGUGCCUGCUUUACUAACUUUCAAUAAAUCUGAAGUAUCUACUUAAAAA